GAGCUCCACUCCAGUGCCCUCCAGUUCCCCUCAGCGGAAUCGCCAAAUGCCAGCUGGAGCUGGUUAGUUUCAGCCUGGAACACUCUCGCCAUUUAUCGCAAUAUACUCUGCCUGGCGCUGGGCCUCAUCAUUGGCAUUCAACUGACGGACUUCUUAGAGUACUUCCAGCUGACCGACAGUCAGUUCGCGAGCACGGCCAUCACGCAGCUGGAGGAAGGGGCCACGCCCCAGCUGGCGACUGAGGAGGAGCUGGCGCUGUGGCUCCAUAACGAAACACGGGUACUUUGCAUGGUGCUGACCCUGCCGAAGAAUCACCAAUCAAGAGUUAAACGACUGAAGGGCACGUGGGGCAGGCGCUGCAACAAACUGAUCUUCAUCAGCAGCCAGGAGGAUCGGGAACUGGGCGUCAUCGAUGUGGGCGUGCCCGAGGAGCGGAACAACCUGUAUCUCAAAAUGAGGAAGGCACUGGAGUAUGUGUACCGGAACCAUGGAGAGGACUACGACUGGUUCCUCAAGGCAGAUGAUGACACCUUUGUGAUAAUGGAAAAUCUGCGCUUCAUGCUCUAUCCCUAUGAUCCCGAGGCAGCGCUCUACUUUGGCCACAGAUUCCGCACCACCUUUCCACAGGGCUACAUGUCCGGAGGGGCCGGCUAUGUCAUGAGUCGGGAUGCACUGCGUCGGCUCAAUCUCUUUGCCUUCAACAACAGCCAAUUCUGCCCGAUCAACAACAAUUCAGAGGACAGGCAGAUUGGCUUCUGCCUGCAGAAUGUGGGAGUAGUUGCAGGCGAUUCGCGUGAUGAGGAGGGCCGGGAUCGAUUUCUGCCCUUGUCCCUCAAGUUUAUGCUGCCCACUUUUCCCACCGACAAUUGGCUGCCCAAACUGACAUUUUAUGAACCAGUGAAUGAAACUGGCUCGACUUCGGGAAUUAGCUUUCACUAUGUCAAAAUCCACGAGUUCGAAAUGUAUGAAUACCUGCUGUAUCGAUUGCACAUUUUUGGAACUCCCUUGUCCCAGAGAUCGCUGCCACCCCGACUGGGUCCCGAUGAGCUGCAGAACCAGCUCAAUCAGUGGGCUCAGGAAAAUAGCACUAAUUCCAACGCGUGGUUGAAACAAUAAUAAUAUAGUUAACAGAGUUAAGACUUAUUUUAGCAUACCGACAGUCAAAUAGAAUUAGCCUUUAAACUCUCAAGAAUAUCAUUAAAUAAAUACAAAUUGUUUUCAUA